AUGACAGAGAAGAGAACAAUGAUACAUAAAUCUUAUUUGAAGUUUGUUAAUGACAAAAAACAAAGUUUAAAAGAAAAAUAUGUUAAGAUGAUAUUCUCGUCCAUGGAUGCUAUUUCAUGGGCAUAA